CUGGUUUCAGGUUGACCCGCUGACCCGACCCAACCUGAGCGACGCACACAAAAGUGGGUUUAUCAUGUGGUUUAGGUUUUUUCUCUCACUCAUCAUCACACGAGCCCUGACUUUCUCUCUCAUCGCCGCGUUUCUUGUGGGGAAGGAGCUGAGAUUUCAGCUGCACACCGUCUCACAGUUCGUCUGGAUUUCCCUCUCACCUUCCUCGGUUACUGGCGGGAUUUGAUGCAGAGUUGAAUACAUUUGAUCUAAUUGUUGUUUUCUCCUGAGUUUUGGUUGAUGGCGUUUCAGUUGUCGAGUUGAUUUCCGUGUAAUUCGUGUUUUUGGGUAGAGAACAUGUUUAGUAGGAUUUAGGGUUUGGAACUUGUAUCGAUGUUUUCUCUUUCAUCGUCACGUUUCUAAUGGGGAAGGAGCUGUGAUUUCAGCUGUAUCUAUUCGCAGGUGCUAGAGACCAUAGCUCAGAGUGGUAUUGGGUUCUGUGUGUUAUUUGUAGAAUGAUUUUUGUUGGUGCUGUAAUUAUCUGAUCGCAGUUUGUCUGGAUUUCGCUUCCAUUUUCUUUGGUUCUCGGCGGGUUUUGAGACAAAAUUGGACUCAUUUGAUGCAGCUAUUGUCUUUCGUGAGUUUUUGUUGAUGACGUUUUCAGUCUUUGAGCUGGUUUCCUUGCAGUUCUGUAUUUGGGUAAAGAACAUGUUUAGCAGGGUUUAGGGUUUGGAACUUGUAUGGAUAUUAUCGGGAAUCUGCUUUGAUUUCUUAUGCAUGUGAACUUGGAAUUGGUACUUAAUCGUUUCACUGCUUUGUACUUACACAUAUGUUAUCUGGGUGAUCUCCCUUGCUUUUCUCUUUUAUUCACCCCCUUUCCUUUUGCAGGAUAGUUCACUUAAUCAAAACUUAUUGACUAUUGAUGUUAAUGUGAGCUAGUGAAGCUUGGUUAUGGAGAAAAUGAAUAAGAAUAAGGUGUUCGUAUUUUUGGAUAUCUCGGUUGAUGGAGAUCCUCUUGAGAGGAUGAUUAUCGAGCUCUUCACUGAUGUUGCUCCCAAGACUGCUGAAAACUUUCGUGCACUUUGUACCGGAGAAAAAGGUGUCAGCCUUAAAACUGGGAAGCCCUUACACUAUAAAGGGACCUUUUUUCACCGUAUUGUGAGAGGACAAGCUGCUGAGGCAGGGGACUUCCUCAGGCGAAAUGGUGAAUAUGGAGAGAGUAUAUAUGGUGGUAAAUUUCCAGAUGAGUCUCCAAACUUGAGUCACGAUUCUGCUGGUUUGUUGUCUAUGGCAAUUGCUGACCGUGAUGAAAAGGGCUCUUUGUUCAUUGUCACCUUUAAGGCUGAUCAUCGUCUUGAUAGGAAAAGAGUUGUCUUCGGUAAACUUGUGGAUGGGUAUGAAGUGUUGAAAAAGAUCGAAAAUGCUGGAGAUGAUAAGGGGAACCCUACUGUGACAGUGAAAAUAGUCAAUUCUGGUGCAUUACAUGAUGGUAAAAAGAUAGAGAAUGACUUGAAAAUGGCGAAGUAUGCUGUAGAGGAAAUUAAUCGCUUGGUAAACCGCAAAGGGAAACACAAGAAAUCUUCAAGGAAAAAGAGAAAAAGAAGAAGAUACUAUACCUCCGAAUCAGAUACUUCAUCAGAUACUGAUACGGAUUCUUCGGAAUCAGAUACUGAUUCUGAUACUGAUGCUUCCUCAUUAAGUGACACCAGCUCUUCAAGUGAUGAUCGGCGUAAGAGACGUAAGAGAUCCAAGAGGGACAGACAUAGGCGUGCAAGAAAGAAGGAUCGGCGACGUGAGAAAAGACGAAGGAGGCGGGACAAGAAGAAUAGGAAAUCUAAAAGGGGUAAUGCCUCAGACAACGAGGGAGACAAUAAGUCCAGAGGUAGCCCUCAAGAUGAUGUUGCAGUUGGGGCAUCUGAUAAUGGGGAUGCCGCAGAUAUGUCAGACAGGGAGGAGGGUGAGUUCGCAGGAGAAAAUGGACACCGUCAAAAUAAUAAUAAAGGAGUAGUAACGGAUUUGGACAGAACUGCCAACAGACAUCCUGAUUUAGUAGAUGAUCUUGCCAGCAAAUCUAGGAGUGGGAGCUUAAGUCCUAGAAGAUCCAAGAGUCAGAGCAUGAGUAUUAGCCCAAGGCCAGCUUCCAGAAGAAUCCCCAGUGUAAGCCGAAGCCCGCGGCCCGUCUCUCGAAGCAAGAGCAUUACUCCGGCUAGAAGUGAAAGCAGCAGAAGCCCUGUAAGGAACACCACUAGGGAAAGAAGUGCCAGCAUGAGCCCUCCUGCCAGGACCCGCUCUAUUAGUAGAAGUGCCACAUAUUCUCCUCCUGUAAGAAGACUCUCCAGGAGCCCACCACCGUCCAAGAGGUCAUCUCUAAGCAGGAGCUCAGGUAAACCUUCUAGAAGGAGUGCAAGCAGGAGCCCCAUCAGGUCGGCCCGUAGAAGUUUCAGCAGAAGCCCAAUCAGGUCGGCCCGUAGAAGUGUCAGCCGAAGCCCAAUCAGGUCGGCCCGUAGAAAUGUCAGCCGUAGCCCAAUCAGGUUGGCGGCCCGUAGAAGUGUCAGCCCGAGUGGCAGUCCUGUGAGGGAGGCUAGAAGGGGUUACCACCGCAAAAGCCCGUCAGGGAGCCCAGGCCGCAGAGCAAGGUCGCCUGUUUCGAGAAGCCCGUCGGUUGAUGGUUCUCCCAAACGCGUGAGGAGAGGGAGGGGAUUUAGCGACCGGUACGCAUAUGUGCGGCGUUAUCGGAGUCGGAGCCGAUCACCCGAUCGUUCACCCGUGAGGUCUUACCGUUAUGGUGGUAGAGGAGAUCGUGACCGAUACUACAGAAGGUCACCUAGACGCUACAGGAGCCCACCUCGAGGAAGAACUCCACCAAGUUGUGUCCUUUCAUGCCUGUUCAUUGAAGUAUUCUUGUCUGCUUUGUACGAGGCUAAUAGAUACAGAGGUAGCCGGCGGAGCAGGACCCACAGCCCAAGCCCAUCUCGCAGCCCAAUCCGCUCCCGUGGCCGCCGCUACAGCAGAAGCCCAAGCCCAGUCAGGAGCCCACCACGGCCCGUCAGGCGGAAGUCCCCUUCGCGGAGCCCAAGCAGGAGCCGUUCAGAAUCUCGUGGAGGCUCUCCGCAAUCCCCGGCCCAUAAGAGCCGCUCGAGAUCGCCAUCUGACGGAAGCCCACCACCACGCAAUAGGGCGAAUUUGGUAUCAUAUGGAGACGGGUCGCCCGAUUCUGGCCGAGAUUGAUAAAAAUCGGGUUUU